CUUUUGUCGUUCCAUGUUGGGGAAGCCGCUACUCCGAAAAAUCACGCAUUUGUUGUGAUGUUUCGUGGUCAAGAGUAGCUGCCGCAACCUUAAGCGAUGGAGCAAUCGAACUUGGAUGGAAACGGAAUCAAGUUAAAAACAUUGAAACCAAAAGAAGCUCAGCCAAACCUAGAUGAAGAAUACAAUGAGCACAUUCUGAACAGUGAACAUUCUGUCCUAAAUACCGAGGAGCAGGUAGAUAACCUCUCCGAAGACUGCAUUCAGGAGCUACUGAGGGAGUCUCCUGUCGAAGAAACUGAGAGGAACUUGUGGCAAGAGUCUGAAAUUGGAACCAAGAGAGGAUCUGCCUCAGAAAGUGAUGCUGACCCUAGUAACUUGACCUCUAUGACACCAGCAGCAAAUGAGUCAGGACAAUCUGAUUUUGUAGAGGGUAUGGAGGGAUCUUUGUAUGAAGAUUUCAAUGGGACUCUGACCAGCCAGAGUUGCAACGAUCUGCCAAUUUUUGCUCGCCAACUCAAAGAUAAAGAAACCCCCGUUGGAACUCCUGAAAAUUGCAACUCAGAUCCCAAGAAAACUGUGGAUAUCAACCUAUCAGGUAUAUUGGCAUUGCCUGGAAGCCAGCCUCAAGAACCAAGUAUUGACGACUUAUUAGUAAAUUCUGUUGUGACCAAUGAAGAAAUUGAGGGCAAAGUGACUCAUCAGCAAAAUAAAGCUGUAUGCGUAAAGAGUGCGGGUUCAGACAUUUUUAGUGAGAAUACCAACAUGAAGAAGGUGCUGUCUGCGGGAAAUGAAUAUUCGUCCAAAGAGGAAAUUGACACGGUGGCAAAAGACAUUGAGGUCGAGAAGUUACCAGCUACUGAGUUGAAUGAAUCCACUGAACAUGAGACCAAAGCCAAGACAAAGGUUGACGAUGAAAAUGAUUCCGACACAGAUGUUAGAAACUGCAUUGCAGAUGUCCUUAGAAACAUAGAUGACUCGGAUAACAGCCUCAGCAGCAAUACAAGUGACGUUGCUAGCCAAAAUAUUCAAAUUACUGAUUUGCAGACCAUCUCUAACGAAUCAUUUUUUGACAAAGAUGAGGCUACAAGGAUCGACAGGCAAGCAGAUCAAACCAGCUGUCCUUCUCGUCCCACCAGUGGAGAGUCACCAAAUAUGUUCAGAAUUAUAACCCCAACAUAUGUAUAUACAAGACAAAGAACGUCUCCGCUUGAUAUAGCCAUUUCAGACAUGGUUGAAGAAGAUACCCAGGACAUCAACCAAUCUCAAGAUGUUGAUUUUGUCAAAGAAACCAGCAACCGAUCUGAGACUGCUGGUCAAAAUAUUAGUGAGAGUGCUGAUGAGUUCCUGCUUACUCCUUCCCUCUCUUCAGAACUUGAAGAAUUUACUGGGUUUGAGAAGCAAGCGGGCGACGCAAUGACCACUAAAAGCAGAGCACUUUUGAAGACUAUAAAUCAAAACAAGUUCAUGAAAGUAGCAUACAGUGGUCUAAACUACUUAUACAAAACUGAGAAACUGGCUGAGUCUUUCAAAGAGUUGGAUGAAAACUGCCUCGAAGAUAGCAUGCAACAGUGCCAAGGAUGCCACUUCAAAAUGAGCAAUCCCAGAAGUCCUCACAACUGCAUCCCAAACUUCUGCAUCGCCUGCCAAGUGGAUGCUGGUGCAAAUUUCUCCGUGCAUCUGCUGGAAGAGCACAUUAAUCUUACCAAAACGUGCCCUUUUUGUCUUGAAGAAAUGGCCAGUCUGCACCAGUUGGUGGCACACCUGGAAAAGCACACCAGCAUCAAGUUGCGUCCAAGCAUUUGCAUCAGCUGCAAAACCAAUUUCAAAACUUUAGAAGGACGGAUAUUGCACAAGUGUCCAAACUCCAGCAUUUGCAAUAUUUGCAACAAAGUGUUCAAAUCUGAGGACACACUGAAUGAGCACGUGGAGUUGCAGCACAAAGCUGGCUCAAACACAGUUGCAGACCAAGGACCAUCUAUAAAAGCGUCCAGCAAGUUCUCCUGCAAUAUAUGUGACAAGCCAUUCACAACUCAGUUCACGUUGAACUUGCAUAUGAAAGAGCACUUCAAUGCUACAGAGAAAGAAGAUAAAGUUGAUAAAACUAAUUGCAGUGCUGACAGGCUUCGUAUUUUGCAAACUGCCCAGAACAUAGUGAAAUGCCCACAUUGCGCAGUUUUCUACUUGAAUAUGAAAGUUCUUAGUGACCACUUGAGCCAAGUAAAGUUCUGCAAACUAUGUCUCACUCAGCUGAGCACAAACCAUGAAUUUGAGGCCCACAUGGUUGAGUAUCACUGCUUUGAACGAAUCUGCCAGUUCUGUGAUGACGAGUUCGCUAACUGCGAGGAGUUGAUCAAACAUGUCAGGGUGCAUACACUAUUGACAAUUCGGCCUUAUUGUUGCACCCAGUGUGAGUCGACUUUCAGCAAAGUUGAAAAUCUGCAAAACCACAAAUGUCAAGGCAAAGGGAUCUCCACCAACCCUGUUUGCAAAACAUGCAAUGUGUACUUCCAGAGUGACAAAGCUUUUGAAAUGCACUGGAUCAAAAAGCACAGCUUAGAGUACCUUUGUCCUGUGUGCAAACUGGACACAAGCACCUGCUCCAAGCUUCUGACCCACGUCCAGCAGGAGCACGCUGCGGAUGUGGUUAUUUCUUUCCUCUGCAUCAAGUGUGACGAGACGUUCAAAGAAGAUGCAGGUUAUGAAGCUCACAAGUGUGUGAUAGACGCACCUGAGCUCUCCAACUACCCCUGCUCAGAUGAUCAGUCUGAAAACGAAUGCAGCCUUGACGACGACUCUAGACCAUUAGCUUGUGCGAUUUGUGGCAAAGAGUUUGAGUUAUUGGAAGCUCUGGACAAGCAUAUUGCCAUGACGGUUGAGGAAGCAACUUGCAUCGCUGCGAGGAAGCACUGCAGCUUUUGUGACGUGUACUUUGCAACAAGGUCUAGCUUUGAGAGUCACAUGAUCCAGCAGCACCUGUCGGCCAUGAAGUGUCCCUUUUGCCUCAAGUUCUUUGCGACCAAGUUCUCCCUAGAGCAGCAUCUGUUGCACCACACCAAUCUUCACAGGAGCGAGUUCUACUGUAAAAGUUGCAGAAGAAUUUACUUCUCCCGAGGCCUCUUUCAGAGCCACCUGUGCUUGUCCGAUGAGGAGUCUGAGAGCGAUAAGGACGUUCUGAUAACCUAUUCACCUCCAAAUCAGAAAUCAAAGGAGGUUCUUCCUGCAACUAGAGCAAAAAACUGUCAUGAAUGUUUCAUCUGCAAGAAAUCAUUUGACUCUAAACACCAGCUGAACAUUCACUUGAAGAGUCACAAAGAGACUUUUAGCUGCAAAAUCUGCAAGCAACACGUGAGUGGCAUCAAGGCUAUUAGAGACCACUUUCAAAUGCACAAAAGCCUAUCCGAAUCUGUAAAAUCUCAAGCUGUUGCAAAAAGCGAUGCCCUCAUGUCUCCUACCAUUAAAAUGGUUAAGUUGCAAGUUCCUGAUGAAGUGAAAAAGUGCCUUCCUUGUCGAAGAGUUUUCAAAAGUCAAGAGGAUCUGAACAAACAUAAAGAACUGAUUCACUCGUAUGCGUCAAAAGCCAAAGAUGAUACAGAUCGCACUCACCUGAAUUGCAAAUUCUGUAAAAUUAAGCUGGAGUCCAAUUUCUGGGUCGCGUUCCACUACACCAAUCAGCACAACAUCAUGACCAGCCUGAAGUAUCAAUGCCAGACUUGCAAAGUACGUUUUUAUACUUCUCAAGAGAAAUAUCAACAUUCCUGCCCUGCUCCUGUUGCUACCAAGAUAGUGAUUCAAAAAGUGCCAAUUUUGAUCAAAAAAGAAAAUGGUGGUCAAGAUAAAAAUGAGUCGCAGGUGGUAAUGCAUACGACAACAAAGAGAGGCCUACCAAUAAACCAUCUACAAAUCGACAUGUACAACCUGGAGCACCCCUGCUCACAUUGCAGUGAUGUAUUUGUCAACCAAAAGUCGCUCCUUGCUCACUGUGUCAGCGUGCGCUACUGUUUGAACUGCCUCAUAGUCUUUAAAGACAAAGACAAGUACGAGCAGCACAUGAUGUACAUCCAUGCCAACUCGCGGGAGUGCGUGUUUUGUCGACUGGAGUGCAAAACCAAGGCUGACUUGAUCCAGCACAUAAAAGUGCACACUAAACUUUAUUUCAGAACAAGUGAAUCAAUCAGAGGCAGGGUCUUUGCCUGCCGAUGGUGCAAGAUGACGUUCCAAAAAAGCGGAUCCUACGAGAAGCACACCUUGGAACAUCACCUUGGCAAGAGCUGCCCCUUUUGCGACAAUACUUUGCCUCCGACGUCUGCCAAAAAGUUAGCCCAUUUACAGGAGCACACAAAUUUAGAUGUUAAGAAACUUCUGGCCGAAGCUGUGGAGAAGAAGGCAGCCGCUCAGUUAAAAGAGAAGCAGGCUUCCGAAUUAGCUGCAAAGAAAAUGGAGGCAAAGAAGAAGGCUGCCGCUGCUGAAGCGCUCAAGAAAGCCAAUGAAGAAAGAACUAGAAAAAAGGCAACCACCCUGGCGACCAAAAUUGCAAGUAAGACUGCUCCCAAGCCUGUCGAGAAAACUCCUUACAGGGCUUCUUUGAGAACUGCUACCAAGUCAAUGGAGAAAACUGCUGCCAAGUCGGAGGGGAAAACUUCCUCCAAGUCAAUGGAGAAAACUGCUGCCAAGUCGGAGGGGAAAACUUCUUCCAAGUCAAUGGAGAAAACUGCUGCCACGUCGGAGGAUAGAACUGCAUCUAAGAAGGUGGAGAAAACUGCUUCCAAGACCCCCGAGAACCAUGGUCAGGCAGCGGGAAAAGGUUCCAAGGCUAUUUUCCAAGGUGAUCUGUGUCUGCUCUGUAAAAAGAAAUUCAGAUCCUCUGCGCUCAUGUUCCACCACGUGAUGGAUUUCCACUACAACAACUCUAAAAAGUGCCCAUUCUGCCAAAAAAAAUGGACAAACGUUGGCAACACCAAAUCACACAUUCACCAUUAUCAUAAAGUGAGGAUGACUAGAGUAGAUGAUGUCCCCGAAGAAACGCCUGUAGAAGCGCCUUCUCCAGAUCUUCCCACUGAACCAAGUGUCCAUCAUUCAAAUAAAGUUCCAAGCCUGGGGUCUGGCAGCUCGUCCUCAAAAGAUAGGGUAUACAGCUGUUGCAUCUGCAGCAAGUCAUUCACCAACCAAAGUAUUUUGGACAGCCACAUACUUAACGUUCAUCACAUGGAAUCUGCCAAAGCGCAGCUGCUGGGAAAAAUAAUGGCAUCUACCCCUGCUGAUCCAGAGCCAUUUCCCCAGGGUCCAAACAAGAAAACGUUUUGUUUCCAUUGCCACACCAGCUUCAAUACUGCGACUGAACUUCGAGCUCAUGGAAUAAAGGCUGGAGUCUUCUGCGAGUUCUGCUGUAUCACUCUUCCUGACAGCAACGAGUACGAAAUGCACAUGCUGGAGGAGCAUCCCUCAGAGGACACCUGCCAGUUUUGCGGUGCCUACAUUCCUAACAAAGCUGGCCUUGAGAUCCACAUUCGAAGGCACACAAAAAUUGGGCCGAUCCACUACAAGUGCUUCGGCUGCAAUAAAAUGUUCACCAGCAGCAGGGCCAAGGAUGAGCACCCCUGCAUAGCAUUUGCAUGUCCAAAGUGCGGAGAGGAACAGAGUAGCCCUGAUGGCUUAGAGAACCAUCUUUCCACGGCACACAUGGAGCAGCAAGUUCAGCCAACGCCAGCCGCAGUGGAAGUUGCCAUAGCUGUUGAAGUUCCACUGACAGAAAAACGUGUAGGCAAAAGGAAGCAAACCCAGUCUGUUGAGUCAGACUCAGCACCAAAAAAGAAGAAACCCGAGGAAGACAGUUUUUCCUUAACUUCUUCUUUACAAAGGUCUGAAGGGAAGAAGGUGACUUCGACUGUUGAGUGCACGCACUGCGACCGUCGUUUCCAAAGUUUACGCAGCUUGCGCAACCAUGCAGGUCAAUACAAAGUUUAUUGCAAAGAGUGCAAAUUAAUUUGCAGUUCGCCUGAAGCACUGGCUGAGCACAUCAAGACCCACAACGUAACUCCGUUGAAUGUUGAACAGACCGCGGCUCCUGCUGCGGAGUACUUUAAGUGCAGGUACUGCGGUGAGCAAUGCAAAAGUAACGUUGAAUUGAGGGAACAUCACUUUUCGCAUGUCGCGUUCAAAUGUCCAAAGUGCGCGGCAGUGUUUAACACUAAGCAGAAAAUAAUGGACCACCUAAAGCUAUGCCAAGAGCCUCAGCAGUCUGCUGCGGUAAUCAAGGUAGAAGAAAGUGAUUCGGACUCAGACAUCGUGAUCCUUGAUGGAGAUGUAGAAGUUCCGCAAUAUGUCAUUUUGUAAUAGAGUUAAAAAUAUAUAAAUAUGUAAGUGGUAUUUCAAUCCAAGUAAAAAUUUGGCAAAGCAGAGAAUUAUAACAAAUUUUGUAUCUGAUCUUUAAGACAAUAAAAGAAAAAACCACAUGAGGUUCAUUAUUAAUUACGAAAAAUUGUUUUAUUAAAGCUAAUCCAA